AAAAGGCAGGAUACCAGGGGCAGCCUCAGAAAAAAUUUCGUCUGCCUUUUCGGAAGAAACACAUCGCCGUAAUAUUUUGCUUGGCAAAAUGAUACAUAUUGUUUUCUCUAAAUUUACUAGCCUAACAAUUAGAUUGUGAAAAUGUUCUGUACUUUUGGCAGAUAUGUUCUAAAAGGAUGUACAAACAAAUCUGCUUUAGGUCACCAGAUUCUCGUGAAACACUCAACAAACACAAAAACAUCGCGAAAUUUGGCAUCAACACUAAACCAAAGCAGAAAUUUCCUGCAGCCCAGGUAUGGCCAACCAACAGCGGCAACCCAUCCCCACCUCGUUAGGGAAGGUGAAUUACUACCCGGCAUACCGCUAGAAGAUUUUAAAAAACGAAGAAAUUCUUUGAUGGAAAAAGUUCUUAAGGAUGCAUUUUUAGCCAAGAUUUCAACUAAUCAUAUUUUAAUUAUACCGUCAGCUAGCAAAGUUUACAUGUCGGAAAAGAUACCCUAUGUAUUUAGACAAAAUACAGAUUUUCUGUACUUUACCGGAUGCCAAGAACCGGACAGCGUCUUAGUAAUGACUUCAAAGGGUGAUAAUUGUUCAUCCAUUUUAUUCGUACGAAAGAAAGACUCACACUCGGAGUUGUGGGAUGGUCCACGGACCGGAAUUGAAGCAGCUCUUGGCAUGUUUGGCGUAGACCAAGCCCUUCCUACUUCGGAGUUUGAGAGUUAUGUCAAGUCUUUUCUUCAAGAAAAUAAGAACACUAUUGUCUGGUACGAUAACACAGAGAUAAUACAACCUGAGCUGCAAACAAAAUUGCAUAUUUUUUUAAGCCAAUCUACUAAACAGGUAUUCGAUUCGCUUAAAACGUUUAUGCACGAAAUUAGAUUGAUCAAGACUCAACCUGAGAUUGAACUCAUGCAAAAAAGUUGUGAAAUCGCUUCUACAGCCAUUGCAAAUACAAUUGAAGUAUCAAAACCCGGCGUAACUGAGCAUCAGAUAUUCGCUACUGUGGAUUACGAAUGCAGAAUGAAUGGUGCUGAAUAUCUUGCAUAUCCACCUGUGGUGGCUGGUGGGAAUAAUGCAAAUAUAAUUCAUUACAUCACAAAUAAUCAGAUUGUUAAUAAUGGCGAUAUGGUUCUCAUGGAUGCUGGUUGCGAGUAUCAUGGUUAUUCAUCAGACAUUACACGUACGUGGCCAAUUAAUGGUACAUUUACACCUCAGCAAAGGAUUUUGUAUGAAAUCGUACUCGAUACACAGAAGGAAUUGAUAACAAAGUUACGAGAAAUGCCUACGUUAGAUUACAUAUUUCACCAAAUGUGUUUCCUGAUGGGACAGAGAUUACAAGACGUUGGAUUGGUACCUAAAGCAUUUGUUCAGGAUAAGCUAAUUGCAGCUGCGUAUUCCUACUGUCCUCAUCAUGCUAGUCAUUACUUGGGAAUGGAUGUUCAUGACACUGGAAGAAUAUCGCGAGCCAUCAAGCUGCAACCCGGAAUGAUUGUUACCAUAGAACCAGGUAUUUACGUUAAUGCAAGAAACAAACUAGCCCCUGCGGAAUUUCAUGGGAUGGGAAUCAGAAUUGAAGAUGAUAUUUUGAUAACAAACAACGGUCCAGUUAUCCUAACGAGACAUUGUCCGAAGGAAAUCGCAGAAAUUGAGGCAUUAGCUAAUAAAAAUCAAUGCUAGUGAAGAUUUGCAUCCUGAAAUUUGAUUGUUACGUAUGCAUUGUAUGUCAGCUACUUAUACAUGAAAGCUGAGCUCUUUUAUAUGUUGAAAGAUUAAUAAAAAUAUAUUUUACACCUUAAUCAACCACAUAUAGUUGUUAUUUUAGCAACAACAUGAUACGCCAGCAGAUAAUGUUUUCUUCUCAGAGUUCACGAUUCUUUUAGUAUGAUACUCGCAAAUUGUUUGUAACAUAGUAAUUUUAUUUUAACAAGCGCACAAUGUAAAUAUGUGAUAAAAAGUCAGGCACUUACUGUAUUAUUCAAAGAUUUGUCUAAAUGGAAGCACUCUGAUAUUAUAAACUUGCAUCCAAUAUAAGACUGCUAGUAAAAAUAAUAAUAUUGCAUAUACCAGUACAGCUAUCAUAAACAUCUACAAAUAAGCAAGUAAUAUAUCAAAUGGAAUUAAUGCACUCGAGUUAAAAUUACCAUAAAAUGAGAUUCGAAUUGAAAUUCAUAUCUAAUCUGAUGAAUGCAAUAACAGUAAAGCAGAAUGGUAUUGUAGCACAA